AAAAAAAAACUUGAAAGGGUCCCGUAUCAAAUAAAACAACUUUACCAAUGUCUCUCUCUCAUCGAUUUUUUUCUGAAGCACUCCGUGACUUUAACCGUGCCUUUGCCUUAUUAGAAGAACCUGUGUUCUACCAUGUGGCUCGUCGUUCUGCUAUUCCUGCAAGAUCUUUUGCUCGUCAGCCCGCAACAGACUUGAUUGAAACAGAAGAAGCCUUUGAGCUACGCUCUGAAUUACCUGGUUAUGACAAGAAAGAUAUCCACAUUGAACUCAUAGACGACAAUACACUCCAGUUACGUGGUUCUACUCAUCAAGAAUCUUCUGCUGCUUCAGAGAGUAAAGCUGCUGAAGAAAGCAAAGAGGUGUCCGCAGAAACCACUUCAUCUACAGAGACCACUACUGUGAAUGGUAAUAGCGCUACGUCUACCCCUAUUACACCCAAAUGGUGGGUAAAUGAACGAGUCUCUGGUAACUUCCAAAGAUCCUUUUCGUUCCCUGUUUCUAUCAAGUCUGAAGAAAUUAAAGCAAGCUACGAAAAUGGCGUCUUAAAGGUCAUCAUUCCCAAGGCAAAUAAAGAGACAAGGCGUAUUCAAAUAGACUAAAAUAGAGGAUAUAUAAACCUAUUCUUUGUAAUAAAAAU